AUGGUGGCUGUCAAAUUUCUUUUAAUUGGUGCAGUUUUGGUAGCAAUCGUUGUUGCAAUUUCACUGGUAUCUCAUCCCGCUGGUUUCGGAUACAAAGAUGAGCCUACUGGGACUGCUGGGGGCUCUACUGAUAGUUCAGAAUCGAACUCAUUUUUCCAAGUCAUUAAAAAAGUUUCUCGGAGAUCACUCUUGAAUUUCUGGUCGGAGCCGCCAAAGAAGAAAGAAAAGUGCGCGGAUCAUGUCUGUGAAAAAGAAGUCAUCAGGAAGCUCAAAGGCAUAAUUACCCGCCAACGUCGGCUUAUCGAAGGAUUGACUAUGGAGAGACUGGAACUAAAAAGAUACAUCGGAGAUUGCGACUUAAAAAAUUAUCGUAAACUCCAAGAAUGUGAUGAACUCGAAAAACUGAACGUAAAGAUGAAUCGAAGUUUGACUGAGUGCAACAUUAUAACUGAGUCUCAAACGGAAAGAAUCCGCAACCUCGAAACAUCAAUUGGUAACGUGAAUGGCGAUCUUGUCAAGUGCAACAACAAAACCGAAUCGCAGACGGAAAUAAUUCUCAACCUCGAAACAACAAUUGGUAACGUUACUAGCGAUCUUGCCAAGUGCAACAACGAAACCGAAUCGCAGACGGAAAGAAUCAACAACCUCGAAACAUCGAUUGGUAACGUGACUAGCGAUCUUGCCAAGUGCAACAACGAAACCGAAUCGCAGACGGAAAGAAUCCGCAACCUCGAAACAACAAUUGAUAACGUGACUAGCGAUCUUGCCAAGUGCAACAACGAAACCGAAUCGCAGACGGAAAGAAUCCACAACCUCGAAACAACAAUUGGUAACGUGACUAGCGAUCUUGCCAAGUGCAACAACGAAACCGAAUCGCAGACGGAAAGAAUCAACAACCUCGAAACAUCGAUUGGUAACGUGACUAGCGAUCUUGCCAAGUGCAACAACAAAACCGAAUCGCAGACGGAAAUAAUUCUCAACCUCGAAACAACAAUUGGUAACGUUACUAGCGAUCUUGCCAAGUGCAACAACGAAACCGAAUCGCAGACGGAAAGAAUCCGCAACCUCGAAACAACAAUUGAUAACGUGACUAGCGAUCUUGCCAAGUGCAACAACGAAACCGAAUCGCAGACGGAAAGAAUCAACAACCUCGAAACAUCGAUUGGUAACGUGACUAGCGAUCUUGCCAAGUGCAACAACAAAACCGAAUCGCAGACGGAAAUAAUUCUCAACCUCGAAACAACAAUUGGUAACGUUACUAGCGAUCUUGCCAAGUGCAACAACGAAACCGAAUCGCAGACGGAAAGAAUCCGCAACCUCGAAACAACAAUUGAUAACGUGACUAGCGAUCUUGCCAAGUGCAACAACGAAACCGAAUCGCAGACGGAAAGAAUCCGCAACCUCGAAAGAACGAUUGAUAACGUGACUAGCGAUCUUGCCAAGUGCAACAACGAAACCGAAUCGCAGACGGAAAGAAUCCACAACCUCGAAACAACAAUUGGUAACGUGACUAGCGAUCUUGCCAAGUGCAACAACGAAACCGAAUCGCAGACGGAAAGAAUCAACAACCUCGAAACAUCGAUUGGUAACGUGACUAGCGAUCUUGCCAAGUGCAACAACAAAACCGAAUCGCAGACGGAAAUAAUCCGCAACCUCGAAACAACAAUUGAUAACGUGACUAGCGAUCUUGUCAAGUGCAACAACGUAACCGAAUCGCAGACGGAAAGAAUCCACAACCUCGAAACAACAAUUGGUAACGUGACUAGCGAUCUUGCCAAGUGCAACAACGAAACCGAAUCGCAGACGGAAAGAAUCAACAACCUCGAAACAUUGAUUGGUAACGUGACUAGCGAUCUUGCCAAGUGCAACAACGUAACCGAAUCGCAGACGGAAAGAAUCCACAACCUCGAAACAACAAUUGGUAACGUGACUAGCGAUCUUGCCAAGUGCAACAACAAAACCGAAUCGCAGACGGAAAUAAUUCUCAACCUCGAAACAACAAUUGGUAACGUUACUAGCGAUCUUGCCAAGUGCAACAACGAAACCGCAUCGCAGACGGAAAAAAUCAACAACCUCGAAACAUCGAUUGGUAACGUGACUAGCGAUCUUGCCAAGUGCAACAACGAAACCGAAUCGCAGACGGAAAGAAUCCGCAACCUCGAAACAACAAUUGAUAACGUGACUAGCGAUCUUGCCAAGUGCAACAACGAAACCGAAUCGCAGACGGAAAGAAUCCACAACCUCGAAACAACAAUUGGUAACGUGACUAGCGAUCUUGCCAAGUGCAACAACGAAACCGAAUCGCAGACGGAAAGAAUCAACAACCUCGAAACAUCGAUUGGUAACGUGACUAGCGAUCUUGCCAAGUGCAACAACAAAACCGAAUCGCAGACGGAAAUAAUUCUCAACCUCGAAACAACAAUUGGUAACGUUACUAGCGAUCUUGCCAAGUGCAACAACGAAACCGAAUCGCAGACGGAAAGAAUCAACAACCUCGAAACAUCGAUUGGUAACGUGACUAGCGAUCUUGCCAAGUGCAACAACAAAACCGAAUCGCAGACGGAAAGAAUCAACAACCUCGAAACAUCGAUUGGUAACGUGACUAGCGAUCUUGCCAAGUGCAACAAUGAAACCGAAUCGCAGACGGAAAGAAUCCGCAACCUCGAAACAACAAUUGAUAACGUGACUAGCGAUCUUGCCAAGUGCAACAACGAAACCGAAUCGCAGACGGAAAGAAUCCACAACCUCGAAACAAUAAUUGGUAACGUGACUAGCGAUCUUGCCAAGUGCAACAACGAAACCGAAUCGCAAACGGAAAGAAUCAACAACCUCGAAACAUCGAUUGGUAACGUGACUAGCGAUCUUGCCAAGUGCAACAACAAAACCGAAUCGCAGACGGAAAUAAUUCUCAACCUCGAAACAACAAUUGGUAACGUUACUAGCGAUCUUGCCAAGUGCAACAACGAAACCGAAUCGCAGACGGAAAGAAUCCGCAACCUCGAAACAACAAUUGAUAACGUGACUAGCGAUCUUGCCAAGUGCAACAACGAAACCGAAUCGCAGACGGAAAGAAUCAACAACCUCGAAACAUCGAUUGGUAACGUGACUAGCGAUCUUGCCAAGUGCAACAACAAAACCGAAUCGCAGACGGAAAGAAUCAACAACCUCGAAACAUCGAUUGGUAACGUGACUAGCGAUCUUGCCAAGUGCAACAACGAAACCGAAUCGCAGACGGCAAGAAUCAACAACCUCGAAACAUCGAUUGGUAACGUGACUAGCGAUCUUGCCAAGUGCACCAACGAAACCGAAUCGCAGACGGAAAGAAUCCGCAACCUCGAAACAACAAUUGAUAACGUGACUAGCGAUCUUGCCAAGUGCAACAACGAAACCGAAUCGCAGACGGAAAGAAUCCACAACCUCGAAACAACAAUUGGUAACGUGACUAGCGAUCUUGCCAAGUGCAACAACGAAACCGAAUUGCAGACGGAAAGAAUCAACAACCUCGAAACAUCGAUUGGUAACGUGACUAGCGAUCUUGCGAAGUGCAACAACGAAACCGAAUCGCAGACGGAAAGAAUCCGCAACCUCGAAACAUCGAUUGGUAACGUGACUAGCGAUCUUGCGAAGUGCAACAACGAAACCGAAUCGCAGACGGAAAGAAUCCGCAACCUCGAAACAACAAUUGAUAACGUGACUAGCGAUCUUGCCAAGUGCAACAACGAAACCGAAUCGCAGACGGAAAGAAUCAACAACCUCGAAACAACAAUUGGUAACGUGACUAGCGAUCUUGCCAAGUGCAACGACGAAACCGAAUCGCAGACGGAAAGAAUCCACAACCUCGAAACAACAAUUGGUAACGUGACUAGCGAUCUUGCCAAGUGCAACAACGAAACCGAAUCGCAGACGGAAAGAAUCCGCAACCUCGAAACAUCGAUUGGUAACGUGACUAGCGAUCUUGCGAAGUGCAACAACGAAACCGAAUCGCAGACGGAAAGAAUCCGCAACCUCGAAACAACGAUUGAUAACGUGACUAGCGAUCUUGCCAAGUGCAACAACGAAACCGAAUCGCAGACGGAAAGAAUCCACAACCUCGAAACAACAAUUGGUAACGUGACUAGCGAUCUUGCCAAGUGCAACAACGAAACCGAAUCGCAGACGGAAAUAAUUCUCAACCUCGAAACAACAAUUGGUAACGUUACUAGCGAUCUUGCCAAGUGCAACAACGAAACCGAAUCGCAGACGGAAAAAAUCAACAACCUCGAAACAUCGAUUGGUAACGUGACUAGCGAUCUUGCCAAGUGCAACAACGAAACCGAAUCGCAGACGGAAAGAAUCCGCAACCUCGAAACAACAAUUGAUAACGUGACUAGCGAUCUUGCCAAGUGCAACGACGAAACCGAAUCGCAGACGGAAAGUAUCCACAACCUCGAAACAACAAUUGGUAACGUGACUAGCGAUCUUGCCAAGUGCAACAACGAAACCGAAUCGCAGACGGAAAGAAUCAACAACCUCGAAACAUCGAUUGGUAACGUGACUAGCGAUCUUGCCAAGUGCAACAACGAAAUCGAAUCGCAGACGGAAAGAAUCCGCAACCUCGAAACAACAAUUGGUAACGUGACUAGCGAUCUUGCCAAGUGCAACGACGAAACCGAAUCGCAGACGGAAAGAAUCCACAACCUCGAAACAACAAUUGUUAACGUGACUAGCGAUCUUGCCAAGUGCAACAACGAAACCGAAUCGCAGACGGAAAGAAUCCACAACCUCGAAACAACAAUUGGUAACGUGACUAGCGAUCUUGCCAAGUGCAACAACGAAACCGAAUCGCAGACGGAAAAACUUACCAAGUGCAACGCUAGAACUAAGUCUCAGACGGAAUCAAUUCGCGACCUCAAUACCAAAAUUGAGAACAUCAAUGCUAACUUAACCAACUACAUCCACUCAACCGAGUCCCAAUAUCGUUUAAUUCGUAAUCUCACCGCAGACAAUAUCUCUACGAACAAUCGCCUAAUUGAACUCAGAAUCAAAUACCAAGAUGCCGCAGGACAGCUCUCAAAAACUCUUAAUGAAUUUAAACGGAAUCAAACUGAGUGCAUAGCCGGAAAGUCAAGCUCGUGUCCUAAGACGAUUCUACCCCCGAAUAACUGCACCCUUGUUACCAUUCCUCCUCGGGGUGUGGUAAUGUACCUUCAAAAUCGGAAAGCCGCGCUAGAGGCACAGGUUAAAGAUCUGAUUGCACUAAAUCAGACUUGUCAACAAAUAAUCGAAAAGUGUCAGAAGUUUGCUAGUGAUACUGUGUUGCUAGAUGCUUGA